GGUGUGGCCUUUCUAUUCGCUAAGGCCUACUUGAUUAACAAGAAGCCACAAUAUUUGGACACGUGCAUCCGCAGCGGGGAGCUGGUGUGGCAGAAAGGUCUGCUGAAGAAAGGUCCCGGCAUCUGCCACGGUGUAGCCGGCAGCGCUUACGUCUUCCUGUUGCUCUACCGCCUGACUGGCAACUCCAAAUAUAUCUACCGAGCUCAGAGGUUUGCAGAGUUCCUGUUCACGGAGGAGUUCAAGGCAGGCUCGCGCUCAGUCACCAGCUUGUACAGCCUCUUCGAAGGCCUGUCUGGGACCGUCUGCUUCCUGGUGGACCUGCUGCAACCCGAGCAGGCCGAAUUCCCGCUCUUCUGCGUCUUUGAGUGAAGGACAGAACCCACGAAGAGAUUGAAUACUUGAUGACAUUGUCUUAAAGUGUGAGAAUCAAGAUGAUAUUUGUUUUUCAAGUGCAGUAGAAACAUAUCUCUUCUUCAGAUUGUUUAUAACAGCUCUUGUGUUAGAUCUCAUUCGAUUGCGCAGGUCUAGCCAACUGUGGAGAUGCUUCACACAAGUGACGGAUUACAUUUUGUGUAAAAAAGGAAAAAAAAAUCCCUGUGAAUUCAGGAAAUCAAAAGUGUUCUGAUGCUAACUGUGCCUGUUUGGAGUGUCUAUGUGUUUUGCAAAUGUAACCCACAACAGGAGUGGAAAUUCUGUUGAUCAAGUGUUAGGCUGGAAAUGCAUGUUCAGUCUUUAUUAAAUGGGUCAUAUUUUUUUC